AAGCUAUCGGAUGUGAGCCUUCGAUGAUAUGGGCACUGCGCUAGCAUUUAAAUUCUUCGGAUAACCUAUACUUAAAUGAACAAGGCCCUAAGUUACAAGCAUUUCGUCGCCAUUACGCAUAUACUAUAACCGCCCCUGUGCAUUCUCACUAUGCCGAGCAAUAAGCUUGAGAAACCUGACAAGCAGGAGGUCAACGAUAAUGUCAAGGUGGUGGUGAGAUGUCGUCCCCUCAACCAGAAAGAGAAGAUGAUGGGCCACAAACAGGCCGUCAUAGUGGACGAGAUCCGUGGGACCAUAACCGUGAACAAACUGGAGACUCCCCAGGAGCCUCCUAAGACCUUCACAUUUGACACUGUGUUUGGACCAGACAGCAAACAGCUGGAUGUCUACAAUCUAACAGCCCGCCCCAUCGUUGACUCAGUGUUAGAGGGAUACAAUGGCACCAUUUUUGCAUAUGGGCAAACUGGCACAGGAAAAACAUUCACCAUGGAGGGUGUGAGAGCAGUGCCAGAACUCAGAGGGAUAAUCCCAAACUCCUUUGCUCAUAUUUUCGGUCACAUUGCCAAGGCGGAGGGUGACACAAGGUUUUUGGUUCGUGUUUCGUACCUGGAAAUUUACAAUGAGGAAGUGCGGGACUUGUUGGGCAAGGACCAGAUGCAAAGGCUAGAGGUCAAAGAAAGACCAGAUGUUGGCGUGUAUAUCAAAGACCUCUCUGGUUAUGUUGUGAAUAAUGCUGACGACAUGGACAGGAUUAUGACACUGGGCCACAAAAACCGAUCCGUCGGUGCCACAAACAUGAAUGAACACAGCUCCCGCUCUCAUGCUAUCUUCACCAUCACCAUUGAGUGCAGUGAGAAGGGUGUGGAUGGAAACCAGCAUGUGCGCAUGGGGAAACUUCAUCUGGUUGAUCUUGCAGGUUCGGAGAGACAAGGCAAGACAGGAGCAACAGGUCAGCGUUUAAAGGAAGCGACAAAGAUUAAUCUCUCUCUCUCUACACUGGGUAACGUCAUCUCUGCCUUGGUGGAUGGCAAGAGCACACACGUGCCCUACAGGAACUCUAAACUAACCCGUCUGCUACAGGAUUCACUAGGAGGAAACUCCAAGACCAUGAUGUGUGCUAAUAUAGGCCCUGCAGACUAUAACUAUGAUGAGACCAUCAGUACCCUGCGCUAUGCUAAUAGGGCUAAAAACAUCAAGAACAAAGCCAGGAUCAAUGAAGACCCGAAGGAUGCCCUUCUGCGCCAGUUUCAGAAGGAGAUUGAGGAGCUAAAGAAGAAAUUAGUGGAAGGUGAGGAGAUCUCUGGUUCUGAGGGGAGUGGAUCAGAAGAUAUGGAUGAAGGUGAUGAUGAAGGAGCGGAGGCAAGAGAAGGCCACAGGAGAAGAAAAGACAGUGGCAGCAGCAGCAGCAGCAAUAGCUCAGAGUUUGCCUGCUCCUCCUCAGUGCCACCAUCCACUGAGGACAAAUCUCAGAAUAAAGAAAGAGGGAGAAAGAAGGUUUCCCCGGACAAGAUGGUGGAGAUGCAGGCAAAGAUAGAAGAGGAAAGAAAGGCCUUGGAGGCCAAGCUGGACAUGGAGGAGGAGGAGAGGAACAAGGCAAGAGCAGAGCUGGAGAAGAGGGAGAAGGACCUUCUUAAAGCUCAGCAGGAGCAUCACCUUCUGCUGGAGAAAUUGUCAGCCUUAGAGAAGAAGGUGAUCGUGGGUGGGGUGGACCUCCUGGCCAAGGCUGAGGAGCAGGAGAAGCUUUUGCAAGAGUCCAACAAUGAACUGGAAGAACGUCGCAGGAGAGCGGAGCAGCUGCGGAAAGAGCUUGAGGAGAAAGAGCAAGAACGUCUGGACAUAGAAGAGAAGUACACUAGCCUGCAGGAGGAGGCUCAAGGCAAGACCAAGAAGCUGAAGAAGGUCUGGACCAUGCUGAUGGCUGCCAAAUCAGAAAUGGCAGAUCUUCAACAAGAGCAUCACAGAGAGAUCGAGGGCCUCCUGGAGAAUAUCCGCCAGCUGAGCCGAGAGCUGCGGCUUCAGAUGCUCAUCAUAGACAACUUUAUUCCCCAGGAAUAUCAGGAGAUGAUAGAGAAUUACGUGCACUGGAAUGAAGACAUUGGAGAGUGGCAGCUGAAAUGUGUGGCAUACACUGGCAACAAUAUGAGAAAACAGACCCCUGCUCCAGACAAAAAAGAAAAAGAUCCAUUCGAGGUGGAUCUGUCCCACGUGUAUUUGGCCUACACAGAGGAGAGCAUGCGGCAGUCACUGAUGAAACUGGAGAGACCCAGAACCUCUAAAAGUGGCAAGAGUGGUCGGCCCAAGACUGGACGAAGGAAAAGAUCUGCAAAGCCAGACGCCGUGAUCGAAUCCCUUCUGCAGUGAAGAGGUUGUAGAGAAGAACGUGGUUUCACUGCAACUUUUGUUUCUUUAGGAAAAGAAGUCCUUAGUGCAGUCUGAAGAAUUUAUUGUUGAACACAAUUUAAAAGAUUAUCUGAAUACCCUCUCUAGCUGGUAAGGUUUUAAAUGUGAAAUCUGCACCUAUGAUAGGAUAAAGACCUCUUAGUCAAGAAGACCUGUUAUUUGAACUGUAGUGUAAGACUUCUUUGGGGAUGUUCAACACUUUAUUGUUGCUUUGGAACACAUUUCAGCGGCGGCUGCCUCUGUUUAAAUUAAGCUCUUUUACCUAACCACCUCUAGCAUUAAGGAGGAAUGUACCAUGAAUAUAUAUUUCAUUUGCAACAUCACUGGUUAUGAAUAUGACCGGCACCCUGGAAAAAGAUAUAGAAUUGACAGGAUGCUGAAAAUAGAUUUGCACACACAAACUAGAAACUUUCUAUCCUCUGAAAUUUGUUAAGUGUUUCGCAGUGAACACCACACAGUUGUAACUUGUGUUUCACAGAUUUCCUGCUAUGUGAGAACUAUAUUCAUAUUACAUGGCCCAUACUGACAUGAAUAAAUUAUUAUUAAAUUCUAAUUAAGGGUGCAUUUUCACUUGAAGCAAAUUAUUCGACUCUGAGCACAAGCUGUAGCCUCAGUGUUUCUUUCCGUUGAAUACAAGAAAUCAUUCACAUGGAGAGAAACAAAAUAAAUACUGCUGUGGAGGGAACGAGGAGAGGAGUCUGUCGUAUCAAGUAUGUAACUGAAAAGUGUGUUUUAUACUUAUUCCUUUAGGUCAGAAGCAUAGGGCAUGCAUGCCAGCCAGCUCCUCUGUUAGUGCCAUUUGCUGAUCUAAGCAGGUCAUCUUUUUAUUUAUUUUCAAAUGUCAGAACACUUUGUGUUAUAUUGAAAUACCCGCUACAUACUGUAUGCCUUAGUAUAAUGCACUAGUAUGAGGUUUUUGUGGAAAUGAUUUUAUGAUAUUCUGUAGUGGAGGCAAACUGGCUUUUAUUUUGUAUCAUGAUGUAUGUCAAAUGUUUACAUGCACCAACCCCCUGGAUAUUUUAUUUAUUAAAUUAUUUGACAUGUUUCAUGUCACAUUGUUGCUGCUCUGUCCUUGUUUCAGUAUUAAAUCAGUGAUACUCCUUAUUGUUUGUUGGUGCUUUGAAAAAAGGUUAGAAUGGAAUGUAACAGCCAUGAACAUCUUACUUUUAAUCGCAUUUUGUCCCGUUGGAGAAUUCGUAAACCCAGAAAAUAAUCUGUGUCUUGUUCUUCAGUGUAAAACAGUUGUUACUGCUUGACUGAACAGUUACCUAAAACAUUAUAAACAGGCGUGCUAUGAAAAAUGAGAGACUUAAACAAGAAACACUGUCAUGUCAC